AUGGUAAUUGGAGACUUCAAUUCAAUUCUGAAAACUGAUGAUAGAAUAGGUGGGAAUCCUGUAAGUUGGUCAGAAAUAGUAGAUUUCCAUGAAUGUGUGACAGAUUGUGGUUUGCUGGAAGUUCCUACUCAGGGGAAUAGGUACACCUGGAGUGACAAGCAUGAUGGUAACAGGAUUUUUUCGAAGAUUGACUGGAUCUUUAUUAAUAAUGAGUGGUUGGAUACUAUGUUUUCAUGUAAGGCCAUGUUUCUACCUGAGGGUAUUAGUGAUCACUGCCCUGCAAAGGUUAUCCUCAGUGAAAAUUGUGGUGAGAAAACUGAAAAUGUUAAAAAAGAAGUUGAAGGAGCUGCAUGUACAAGAUUUCCAGAAUAUUGUAGCAGAGGCAACAGUGGACAGAGAAAGAUUGAACAGAGAAGUAAAGCAACUUGGAUUAGAUUAGGGGAUGAUAAUACCAAGUACUUCUAUUCAGUCAUAAAGCAUAGAAAGUUGAAGCAUGCUACCACUCAAUUAAAGAAUAACUCUGGAGUAUGGCAAAAUGAUCCUGCAAUUAUUGCCAAUCUAAUUGUGGAAUACUAUCAGGACAUUUUAGGAAAUAUAACACAACAUAGAGUACAAGCAGUAAGGGCCAUAAUUUGCCAAAGGACUACACUUACUCAGGAGCAGCAGAGGGAAUUGAUAGAUAGCUUUGAUCCAACUGAGGUGAAGAAGGAAAUGUAUCAGAUAGACAGUAAUAAAAGUCCAGGACCAGAUGGGCUGAAGAAGGCAAUUAGUUGUAUUGUUGCAGAAAAUCAAUCAGCUUUUGUGCAAGGAAGAUCAAUGAUGCAUAAUGUCCUGAUUUGCCAUGACCUCUUGAGACACUACAAUAGGAAGAAUGUAUCUCCUAGGUGUCUCAUGAAGAUAGACUUGAAAAAAGCUUAUGAUAUGGUCAGCUGGGAAUUUUUGGAAGAAGUACUCACUGGAUUUAGAUUCCCUGAAGGUUUUAUUAAAUGGAUUAUGAUGUGUGUAACUACAACAAUGUUCUAUAUGAAAGUUAAUGGGGAAAAUCAUGGUUACUUUGCUGGGAGGAGAGGGCUUAGACAAGGAGAUCCAGCCUCUCCUUUAUUAUUUGUAUUAGUGAUGGAAUACUUAUCAAGAACACUCCGAAACAUGAGCAUGCUGCCAGAUUUCAAGUAUCACCCUAUGUGUAAGAAGGUGCAGCUUACUCAUCUAAUUUUUGCUGAUGAUCUGAUGAUAUUCUGCAAGGGCAAUUUGGCUUCUGUGAGUAGAGUAAUGGAAGCCUUAGCACAUUUCAGUGCUGCUACAGGACUGGAGGCAAAUAUGGAAAAAUCUAGUGUAUUUAUAGCUGGGGUAGAUGAGGAUACAAAGGCACAUAUUCUUGAAAGAACUGGUUUCUCACUUGGAGAGUUCCCUAUAAGAUUGCAAGUAGUUAAUGUAGUAUUAUUUUCCAUCCACAACUUCUGGGGGGCAGUGUUUAUCCUUCCCCAAAGCAUACUGAAGGAAAUAGAUAUGUUAUGCAGGGAUUACUUGUGGGGAAGGUCUGAUGAGAAGAGAAAAAUUGCUUUGGUUUCCUGGGAAAAUGUCUGCUAUCCAAAAAGACAAUGUGGAUUGAACAUCAAAGGCAGUAGGACCUGUAAUAUAGCAUCAGUGGGGCAAUUGAUAUGGCAGAUCAUAAUGCAUAAGGAAUCAUUGUGGGUUAAAUGGAUACAUGGAAUUUAUUUAAAGCAUGAAAUGUCAAUAUGGAAUCAUAGGGUGCCCAUAGAUUGUAGUUGGUAUUGGCGAAAACUCAAUGCUAUUAAAGAACAAAUGAAAGGUUGGUAUUGCCAGGGAAGAUACAUGUUGACAAAAAAUGGCACAUAUUCCAUCACACGGAGUUAUUUGGCAAUUAAAGGGCAAAGACAACAAUUGGAAACUGCUGAUUUAGUGUGGACUGCUGUGGCUCUACCAAAACACAGAUUCAUGGUGUGGCUAGCUAUACAAGGUCGAUUGCUUACACAAGAGAGAAAGUUGAAACUGCACAUCCAGGUUGAUGACACUGAAUGUUGUCUAUGUGAAGAGAAAGUUAUGGAGACCACAAAGCAUUUGUUUGAAGAAUGUAAAUGGUCUAAGAUGUUUCUGGAUGGAAUAAAGGAGAAACAUUGGAAGCAGUUUAAAAAGGAGACUAUUGCGACAAUUAGUGGAGCAGUCCUAUAUCACACUUGGCGUGCUAGAAAUUGGAAGAAGUACAAAGGAAAGAAUGUAAAUACAAAAGAUGCAGUCAUACAGAUUAAGAAGGAGAUAACAGAAAGAAUACAAUUCUUGAGUAAUUCAAAGAAAGCUCAAAGAUGUAGAGGUUUCAUUCAGCAUUUACUUUGUAAUUAG